GGUGGCGGCGGUGGCUACGGCGGCGGCGGCGGGUGGCCGGCCCAGCGUGUGCCGGGUGGAAGAAGACAGGGGGUGGCAAUGCUGCCGCCUGCGUAAGGAGCGCCGAGGCGAUCGCGGCGCUUGAGCCUCUAGAAAGCGCGAAGACGCUGCGGGCCGGGGUCGGUGGCUUCGGGAGCCCGCCGGGCCAUGGUGGCCGCGGGCGGUGGUUGCCGCGGCAGCGCUGCGGCCCGGGGCUGUGCGAGGCCGGGUCAGUCUGGGUGCUGACGCCCUCCGGGCCCAGCCAGAGACAUGAAGCGGAGCCGCUGCCGCGACCGACCGCAGCCGCCGCCGCCCGCCCACCGAGAGGAUGGGGCUCAUCGGGCGGCAGAAUUGCCCCAGUCCCAGCCCCUGCCCCCGCGCCGGCGAGCGCCGCCCGGGAGGCAGAGACUGGAGGAGCGAACCGGGCCCAAGGGGCCCGAGGGCAGGGAGCAGGAUGUUGUAACUGGACUUAGUCCCCUGCUCUUCAGGAAGCUCAGUAAUCCUGACAUCUUUUCAUCUACUGGAAAAGCUAAACUCCAGCGACAACUUAGUCAGGAUGACUGUAAGUUGCGGAGAGGAAGUCUGACCAGUUCUCUGUCAGGUAAGCAGCUGCUCCCUUUGUCCAGCAGUGUACACAGCAGCGUGGGACAGGUGACUUGGCAAUCUUCAGGAGAAGCAUCAAACCUGGUUCGAAUGAGAAAUCAGUCCCUUGGACAGUCUGCCCCUUCUCUUACUGCUGGCUUGAAGGAGUUGAGCCUUCCAAGAAGAGGCAGCUUUUGUCGGACAAGUAACCGCAAGAGCUUGAUUGUGACUUCUAGCACAUCUCCUACACUACCACGACCACACUCCCCACUCCAUGGCCACACAGGUAACAGUCCUUUGGACAGCCCCCGGAAUUUCUCUCCUAAUACACCUGCUCACUUUUCCUUUGUUCCUGCCCGUAGCCAUGGCCACAGAGCAGACAGGACUGAUGGACGGCGCUGGUCUUUGGCCUCUUUGCCUUCUUCAGGCUAUGGAACCAACACUCCUAGCUCCACUGUCUCAUCAUCAUGUUCCUCACAAGAAAAGCUGCAUCAGUUGCCUUUCCAGCCUACAGCUGAUGAGCUGCACUUUCUGACGAAGCAUUUUAGCACAGAAAGUGUACCAGAUGAGGAAGGACGACAGUCCCCAGCCAUGCGGCCCCGCUCCCGCAGCCUCAGUCCUGGACGGUCCCCGGUUUCCUUUGACAGUGAAAUAAUAAUGAUGAAUCAUGUGUACAAAGAAAGAUUCCCUAAGGCCACUGCACAAAUGGAAGAGCGACUUGCAGAGUUCAUUUCCUCCAAUACUCCAGACAGCGUGUUGCCCUUGGCAGAUGGAGCCCUGAGCUUUAUCCAUCAUCAGGUGAUUGAGAUGGCCCGAGACUGCCUGGAUAAAUCUCAGAGUGGCCUCAUUACAUCACAUUACUUCUAUGAACUUCAAGAGAAUUUGGAGAAACUUCUACAAGAUGCUCAUGAGCGCUCAGAGAGCUCAGAGGUGGCUUUUGUGAUGCAGCUGGUAAAAAAACUGAUGAUAGUCAUUGCCCGUCCAGCUCGUCUCCUGGAAUGCCUGGAGUUUGACCCUGAAGAGUUCUACCACCUAUUAGAAGCAGCUGAGGGCCAUGCCAAAGAAGGACAUGGAAUUAAAUGUGACAUUCCCCGCUACAUCAUUAGCCAGUUGGGACUCACACGGGAUCCCAUAGAGGAAAUGGCCCAAUUGAGCAGUUACGACAGUCCUGACACUCCAGAGACUGAUGAUUCCAUCGAGGGCCGCGGGGCAUCUCUGCAAUCUAAGAAAACACCCUCUGAAGAAGACUUCGAGACUAUUAAGCUCAUCAGCAAUGGCGCCUAUGGGGCCGUAUUCUUGGUGCGGCACAAGUCUACCCGGCAGCGCUUUGCCAUGAAGAAGAUCAACAAGCAGAACCUGAUCCUACGGAACCAGAUCCAGCAGGCCUUCGUGGAGCGUGACAUACUGACUUUCGCUGAGAACCCCUUUGUAGUCAGCAUGUUCUGCUCCUUUGAGACCAAGCGCCACUUAUGCAUGGUGAUGGAGUAUGUUGAAGGAGGAGACUGUGCCACUCUGCUGAAGAACAUUGGGGCCUUGCCUGUGGACAUGGUGCGUCUAUACUUUGCAGAAACUGUGCUGGCCUUGGAAUAUUUACACAACUAUGGCAUCGUGCACCGUGACCUCAAGCCUGACAACCUCCUGAUUACAUCCAUGGGGCACAUCAAACUCACUGACUUUGGACUCUCUAAAAUUGGCCUCAUGAGUCUGACAACCAACUUGUAUGAAGGCCACAUAGAAAAGGAUGCCCGGGAGUUCCUGGAUAAGCAGGUGUGCGGGACUCCAGAGUACAUAGCGCCUGAGGUGAUCCUGCGUCAGGGCUAUGGGAAGCCAGUGGACUGGUGGGCCAUGGGCAUAAUCCUGUAUGAGUUCCUGGUGGGUUGCGUCCCUUUCUUUGGAGACACUCCGGAGGAGCUCUUUGGUCAAGUGAUCAGUGAUGAGAUUGUGUGGCCCGAGGGUGAAGAUGCACUACCCCCAGAUGCCCAGGACCUCACCUCCAAACUACUCCACCAGAACCCUCUGGAGAGACUGGGCACAGGCAGUACCUAUGAGGUAAAGCAGCACCCAUUUUUUACGGGUCUGGACUGGACAGGACUUCUUCGCCAGAAAGCUGAAUUUAUUCCUCAACUGGAAUCAGAGGAUGAUACCAGCUACUUUGACACCCGUUCGGAGCGAUACCACCAUGUGGACUCAGAAGAUGAGGAGGAAGUGAGUGAGGAUGGCUGCCUUGAGAUCCGCCAGUUCUCUUCCUGCUCUCCAAGGUUCAGCAAGGUAUACAGUAGCAUGGAACGGCUCUCACUGCUGGAGGAACGCCGGACACCACCCCCCACCAAGCGCAGCCUGAGUGAGGAGAAGGAAGACCGCUCAGAUAGCCUGGCAGGGCUAAAGGGCCGAGACCGGAGCUGGGUGAUUGGUUCCCCUGAGAUAUUACGGAAGCGGCUGUCGGUGUCUGAGUCGUCUCACACAGAGAGUGACUCAAGCCCUCCGAUGACAGUGCGACGCCGUUGCUCAGGCCUCCUGGAUGUGCCUCGCUUCCCUGAAGGCCAUGAGGAGGUCAGCAGCACCCCCAGGAGGCAACAGCAGGAGGGUAUAUGGCUUCUGACACCCUCUUCUGGAGAGGGGGCAUCUGGGCCUGUCCCUGAAAGGCCUGUGGAGCGGCGACUAAAGCUGGAUGAGGAGCCUCUCAGCCAGAGUGGUGCUUCCAGCUCAGCCAUGGAGACGCAAAGCCACGGGACCCCACAGCUGGCUGAGGGAGCCACAGCCAAGGCCAUCAGCGACCUGGCUGUGCGUAGAGCUCGCCACCGGCUGCUCUCUGGGGAUUCUAUAGAGAAGCGGACCACUCGCCCUGUCAACAAAGUGAUCAAGUCUGCCUCAGCCACAGCCCUUUCCCUUCUCAUUCCUACAGAACAUCACACCUGCUCUCCAUUGGCCAGUCCCAUGUCCCCACACUCCCAGUCGUCCAACCCGUCAUCCAGAGACUCUUCUCCAAGCAGGGACUUCUUGCCAGCCCUUGGCAGCUUGAGGCCUCCCAUCAUCAUCCACCGAGCUGGAAAGAAGUAUGGCUUCACCCUGCGGGCCAUUCGUGUCUACAUGGGUGACUCAGAUGUCUACACUGUGCACCACAUGGUGUGGCAUGUGGAGGAUGGAGGUCCAGCCAGCGAGGCCGGGCUUCGUCAGGGUGACCUUAUCACCCAUGUCAACGGGGAGCCUGUGCAUGGGCUGGUGCACACAGAGGUGGUAGAGCUGAUCCUAAAGAGUGGAAACAAGGUGGCUAUUUCAACAACUCCCCUGGAGAACACAUCCAUUAAAGUGGGACCAGCUCGAAAAGGCAGCUACAAGGCCAAGAUGGCCCGAAGGAGCAAGAGGAACCGGGGCAAGGAUGGGCAAGAAAGCAGAAAAAGAAGUUCCCUGUUCCGGAAGAUCACUAAGCAGGCCUCCCUGCUGCACACCAGCCGCAGCCUUUCUUCCCUUAACCGCUCCUUGUCAUCGGGGGAGAGUGGGCCAGGCUCUCCCACACACAGCCACAGCCUUUCUCCCCGAUCUCCCACUCAGGGCUACCGGGUGACCCCUGAUACAGUGCACUCAGUAGGGGGGAAUUCAUCGCAGAGCAGCUCCCCCAGCUCCAGCGUGCCCAGUUCUCCAGCUGGCUCUGGGCACACACGGCCCAGCUCCCUACAUGGUCUGGCACCCAAGCUCCAACGCCAGUACCGCUCUCCACGGCGCAAGUCAGCAGGCAGCAUCCCACUAUCUCCACUGGCCCACACCCCUUCACCACCACCAGCAGCUUCACCUCAGCGUUCCCCAUCGCCCCUGUCUGGUCAUGGAGCCCAGGCCUUUCCCACCAAACUUCACUUGUCACCUCCACUAGGCAGGCAACUCUCACGGCCCAAAAGUGCAGAGCCACCCCGCUCCCCACUGCUUAAGCGGGUGCAGUCAGCGGAGAAACUGGCCGCUGCACUGGCUGCUUCUGAGAAGAAGCGAGCUCCUUCUCACAAGCAUGGUCUUGACCUGCCCCACUGUGAGCUAAAGAAGGAGCUGCCACCCAGGGAAGCCAGCCCGCUGGAGGUAGUUGGGACCAGGGCUGUGCUCUCUGGGAAAGGGGCACUGCCAGGGAAGGGAGUGCUACAGCCUGCUCCUUCACGGGCCCUAGGGACCCUUCGGCAGGACCGAGCUGAACGACGAGAGUCACUGCAAAAGCAAGAAGCUAUCCGUGAGGUAGACUCCUCAGAGGAUGACACCGAUGAGGAACCUGAGAACAGCCAGGGUGCACAGGCAUCCAACCCAGAAGUGAGCCAGAAUCCACCCACCAGAGGAACAGGAGAGGGUGGGGAAGAGGACACCUUCUUGCCCAGGGACUCAAGAAACCAGGGUCUGGUGGUCCCAGGCCUGUUGACAGGGGUCAUAUUAGGGCCUCCCAGAAUAGAAGGUGCUAGUGUUCCCCAGAGGCGGCUUGGGAGUCCACACGCCUUUGAGGAGGCUAUCACCUCCUCCUCACCAGGCCCCAGCCUGUGUAGGUCUGGACCCUCAGACCCUACCCCCGCUGAAGGCUGCCGGAAGGCCCAGCACCUCCACUCCCAGGCAUUAACAGCACUUUGUCCCAGCUCAUCAGGACUCAUCUCUGCUGCUGCCUCCACCUCUGGGAAGUCAGGUACAUGGUCCUGGAAAUUCCUUAUUGAGGACCCAGACAGGGUAUCCCCAGGCAGAAAGACAACAGUGGAAGGUGGGCUAUCCAACCCCCAAGAUUUGGAAACUACAGCUCCAUUCCACCCUAAGAACCCAUCUCCCAGACAGGAGAGGAAGUCAAAGCCACCCAGUGCCCCUGGGCUGGCCCAUACACCAUGUGAGGUUCCCAGCCAAAGUUGGCUGUGGGAGUCUGAAUGUGCAGAAGUAGAGAAAGAAGAACCACCCCUGAGCAUCACCAAAGUGCCUGAUGCCUCAGGUGACAGAAGGCAGGACGUUCCAUGCAGAGGCUGUCCUCUUACCCAGGAGCCUGGGCCCAGCCUACUUUGGAGGAGCCGAGGACCAGGGAGCAACCCAAAGCAUCAGGAUUCCACAUUAGCACCAGAUGAGGUUUUAAAACAAACAUAGCAGUUGUUUGCUAUUUCUUGCACCAGACCUGUGUAAUACACGCUCCUGGAAACAC